GGACCCUGAAGGAGCAGAGCAAACGCGUGGAGGAGCCCGAGGGGUGGCCGGCAUGCCCAGCCCGGGCCCCCGCGCACCCCACAGCCCCGCAGCCCUGCGCGCCCUCCUCCUGCUGCUGUGCGCGCUAGCGCCUGGCGCACCCGGACCCGCACCAGGGCUGGCGGCUGAGGGCCCGGAGGUGCUGGACAUUGUGCACCCGGUACGCGUGGACGCGGAGGGCGUCUUCCUGUCCUACGAGCUGUGGCCACGUGUGCUGCGCAAGCGCGCCCUGUCCGCGCAGCCGGCCGCGCACGCCUUCUAUGAGUUGCAGUUCCGCGGGCGCGCACUGCGCUUCCACCUGGCCGCCAACACGCGCCUGCUGGCGCCCGGCUUCGUGAGCGAGACGCACCGGCGAGGCGGCCUGGGGCGCACGCACAUCCGCAGGCAGGUGCCCACCUGCCACCUGCUGGGCGAGGUGCAGGACCCCGAGCUGGAGGGCGGCGUGGCAGCCAUCAGCGCCUGCGACGGCCUGAAAGGUGUGUUCCGGCUCUCCAACGAGGACUACUUCAUCGAGCCCCUGGAAGGUAUCUCGACCCGGCCCAACCGCGCCCAGCCCCACGUGGUGUACAAACGUCAAGUCCCCAGCGGGCAGGCAGAGCAGGGCAACUCCGGGGCUCCAGGCACCUGCGGGGUGCAAGCGUCCCCAGAGCAGGCGUCCUGGUGGCGGUGGCGGGACCAUUCAGAGCAGCGGCGCCGGCGGCUCAGGCAUCUGCACCAGCCCUCAGUCAGCAAGGACAAGUGGGUGGAGACCCUGGUGGUGGCCGAUGCCAAGAUGGUGGAGUACCACGGACAGCCUCAGGUGGAGAGCUACGUGCUGACCAUUAUGAACAUAGUGGCCGGCAUCUUCCACGACCCGAGCAUCGGGAACCCCAUCCAUAUCACUGUCGUACGCUUGGUCCUCCUGGAAGACGAUGAGGAGGACCUAAAAGUCACACACCAUGCGGACAACACCCUGAGGAGCUUCUGCAAGUGGCAGAAAAGCAUCAACAUGAAGGGGGACACCCACCCGCUGCACCACGACACCGCCAUCCUGCUCACCAGGAAGGACCUGUGCGCCUCCAUGAACCAGCCCUGCGAGACCCUGGGCCUGUCCCAUGUGGGGGGCAUGUGCCAGCCCUUCCGCAGCUGCAGCGUCAAUGAGGACACAGGCCUGCCGCUGGCCUUCACCGUGGCCCACGAGCUCGGGCACAGCUUUGGCAUUCAGCACGACGGAAGCGGCAAUGACUGCGAGGCGGUUGGGAAACGGCCUUUCAUCAUGUCUCCACAGCUCCUGUACGACACCGUGCCGCUCACCUGGUCCCGCUGCAGCCGCGAGUACAUCACCAGGUUUCUCGACCGGGGGUGGGGCCACUGCCUGGACGACCCGCCCCCCAAGGAUGUCAUCGAGCUCCCCUCGGUGCUGCCUGGCGUCCUCUACGACAUGGACCACCAGUGCCGCCUCCAGUACGGGUCCGCCUCCGUGUUCUGCAAGGACAUGGACAAUGUCUGUCACACACUGUGGUGCUCUGUGGGGCUCACCUGUCACUCCAAGCUGGACGCAGCUGUGGACGGCACCACCUGUGGAGAGAGCAAGUGGUGUCUGAAUGGGGAGUGCGUUCCCAUGAGCUUCCAGCCCAAGGCAGUGGACGGCGGCUGGUCCGGCUGGAGCGCCUGGUCCACCUGCUCGCGCAGCUGCGGUGCGGGUGUGCAAAGCAUGGAGCGGCAGUGCACCCAGCCCUUGCCCAAGUACAAGGGCAAAUACUGUGUGGGCGAACGGAAGCGUUUGCGUCUCUGCAACCUGAAGAAAUGCCCGGCCGGCCAGCCCUCCUUCCGCCACAUCCAGUGCAGCCACUUCGACACCACGUUCUACAAGGGCCAGCUGCAUACCUGGGUGCCCGUGGUCAACGACGACAACCCCUGCGAGCUGCACUGCCGGCCCGCGAACGAGUCCUUUGCUGAGAAGCUACGGGAUGCUGUGGUGGACGGCACACCCUGCUACCAGGGCCGGGCCAGGGCCAGCCGAGACCUGUGCAUCAAUGGCAUCUGCAAGAAUGUGGGCUGCGACUUCGAGAUCGACUCGGGCGCCCUGGAGGACCGCUGCGGUGUGUGUCAUGGUGACGGCUCCACCUGUCACACCGUGAGAGAGACCUUCCAGGAGGCUGAUGACAAAAAGGGCUACGUGGAAGUGGCCCUGAUCCCGGCUGGUGCCCGGGACAUCCGCAUUGAGGAGCUGGCCGAGAGCACCAGCUUCCUGGCCUUGCGGAGCGAGGACCCGGAGAAGUACUUCCUCAACGGUCACUGGACCAUCCAGUGGAACGGGGACUAUGACGUGGCGGGCACCACCUUCACCUACACACGCACGGGGGAGCUGGAGAAACUCACCUCCCCCGGGCCCACGGAGGAGCCCGUCUGGAUCCAGCUGCUGAUCCAGGAGAGCAACCCUGGCGUGAGCUACGAGUACACCAUCCACCGCGCGGCCGAUCCCCACGGGCUGGGCCUGCUGCCCGAGUUCUCUUGGACCCACGGGCCCUGGACCAAGUGCACGGUCACCUGCGGCACAGGCAUACAGAGGCAGAGUGUGUACUGCACCAAGCGGCAGGCGGGGCCCGUGGACGACAGAUACUGUGACCCCGUGGGCCGGCCGGAUGACCGCCAGAGGAAGUGCAGCGAGGAGCCCUGCCCCGCCCGCUGGUGGGCCGGCGAGUGGCAGCCGUGUUCCCGCUCCUGUGGGCCUGGGGGCCUCUCCCGCCGGGCCGUGCUCUGCAUCCAGAGCGUGGGGCCGGAGGACCAGAGAGCCCUGGAGCCCCCCGACUGCAAGCACCUGCCCCGGCCCCCCGCCGAAAGCCCCUGCAACUUCCACGUGCCCUGUCCAGCUUCCUGGGCCGUGGGGAACUGGUCUCAGUGUUCAGCCACCUGCGGGCAAGGCACUCAGCACCGAACAGUCGUCUGCACCCACGACACCAGCGUCCCCUGCGACGAGGCCCAGCGGCCGGCCAGCGAGGCCGCCUGCUCCCUGCCGCCCUGCCCACGGGCCCUGGACCCCGAAGGCUCUGGCAGCGGCUCCUUUAGCGGGACACUGUACACCGAGGUCAGCUUCCCCCACCACCACCUGGCCCCCCACACUCCAUCCCCCUCCCCACUCAGCAAUAUCAUCAAGGAAGAGGAGGAAGAGGAGGAGGAGGACGCCGCCCAGCUGGGCCCGCCGGGGCCCGUCUUCGUGGACGACUUCUACUACGACUACAACUUCAUCAGGUUUCAUGAGGACCUGUCCUAUGAGCACUUCGAAGAGCCCGGCCCAGGCCCAGCGGGCACAGGGGACUGGACGCCCCCACCCCUGAGCAGCCCCGCCGAGCCCCCCGCCCAGGCCCCUGAGCCAGCCACCGAACUUCCUACGGAGGAGGACCAGCAGGCAACUGGAGGCCCGUCCCCUGGGCCCGGCCAGGCCGGUCACUCCACACCGCCACCUUUGGAGCAGAUGCCCUGCAGCCCCCUGGGCAACUUGCUGCCUGAGGAAGACACCCGUAUGCUGGCCCCUGACACGGAGCCCCCCAGCUUACCCGGGCCCCCCACUUUGGUCAGUGAGACGCCUGCUGCCCCUGGGAGCCGCAAUGAGUUCCCGGUCGGGGAGCAGGGCCCGAGCCAGCUGCCGCCUCCACGGUGGGAGGUGACCAACGAGGUUUCUGAGGAUGAGGAGGAGAACCCCGAGGGCCACCCAGCGCCGCCCCUGCCCCAGACUCCCACCGCCGCUCAGCCAGAGGCCCCGGGCUGGGACGGCUCCCUGGGGCCCAGGACGCCCACGUCCCCAGCCCCAGGGCUGGCUCUACCAGGCCUGCACAGCCCAGCGCCGCCAGAGACCUUCCUUGGGACCGCCCCCACAGGCCCAGGGCACAGGCUUUGGGGGGCCACCCCGAGUCCAGGGCCCUCGGGCCAGCCUGAGCCCCCCAGCCCUGAGGCGUCCACACCAGCCUCGGACAGUCCCACCAACAGCAGCAGAGCACCCGAGGCCCAGACCCUGGACCCCAGCCUGGCUGAGGGGGGGCCCCCUCUGGACCUGCCCCUGACCAGGAACGCCAGCUGGGAAGUGGGGAAGUGGAGUGAGUGCUCCACCACCUGUGGCCUGGGCGCUGAGUGGAGGUCCGUGCGCUGCAGCUCCGGCCGGGAGGACGACUGCGCCCCUGCUGGCCGGCCCCAGCCCGCCCGCCGCUGUCACCUGCGGCCCUGUGCCACCUGGCACGUGGGCACCUGGAGUAAGUGCUCCCGCAGCUGCGGCGGAGGCUUCUCUGUGCGGGAGGUGCAGUGUGUGGACGCGCAGGACCUCCGGCCGCUCCGCCCGUUCCACUGCCAGGCUGGGCCUGCGCAGCCGCCCGCCCGCCAGCCCUGCGGGGUGCAGCCCUGCCUCACCUGGUACACCUCUUCCUGGAGAGAAUGCUCCGAGGCCUGCGGCGGCGGAGAGCAGCAGCGCCUGGUGACCUGCCCGGAGCCAGGGCUGUGCGAGGAGGCGCUGAGACCCAACAGCACGCAGCCCUGCAACACGCACCCCUGCACGCAGUGGGUGGUGGGGCCCUGGAGCCAGUGCUCACUGCCCUGCGGGGGCGGCGUCCGGAGGCGCCUGGUCAAGUGCGUCAACACCCAGACCGGCCUGCCGGAGGAAGACAGCGACCAGUGUGCCCACGAGCCCUGGCCCGAGGGCUCCCAGCCCUGCGGCACCGAGGACUGCGUGUUGGCCGAGCCGCCACAGCGCUGCGAGCGGGACCGCCUGUCCUUCGCCUUCUGCGAGACCCUGCGCCUCCUGGGCCGCUGCCAGCUGCCCUCCAUCCGCACCCAGUGCUGUCUCUCCUGCCCUGCGCCCGGGCGCAGCCGCCACCGGCGGGCCGCCGGCAGCUGACCGCCACCCCGGCCGGGCAAACUGACAGACAGACGGACCACUGACAGCCGCACAGACCUCAGUGCCCACCCCACCCCCUGUCUGCGCCCUCAUGGUGCUAUCCCAGCCCCUGCCAGUGGCAGGCUGGGGACCCCACUCAGAAAAGGUAUUUUUUUAUUCUAACAGUUUGUA